AUGGCGGCGGCGCUGGCGCUGCUGGUGGCGGGCGCGGCGGCGCUAGCGGCGGCGUGCCCGGGCGCCGGGAGCGGCACGCACCUGGCGUGCCGCGGCGCCGGCCUGAGCUCUCUGCCGCCGCUGCACGAUCGCCUCGUCGUGGUGGACGUGUCCAACAACAACAUCACCUCGCUGCCGCCCGACGCGCUGCAGCCCGCCGCCGGCCUGCGCGAUUUGAACCUGUCGGCGAAUCGCUUGGAGUCAGUGUCUGCGGGCGCAUUGAGCAGCGCAUCGCUCGGGCGGCUGUGGCUGGACCGGUGCGCGCUCACACUGCUCCCUCCCAUGCACCUUCCUCGACUGCAUUACCUGUCAGUGGAAGACAACGAGGUGAGGGAGGUGCCGGCGGCGACGCUGGCGGAGACGCGCGCGCUGCGCGUGCUGCGCCUAGCGCGCAACCGCCUGCGCGCGCCGCCCACCGCCGCCCUCGCGCACACGCCGCGCCUGCAGGCACUCAACCUGGCGAGCAACGAGAUCAGCGAGCUGACAUCCACUUCGCUGCCCGCACUGUCCUCGCUGCACACUUUGAUCCUGAAACGGAACCGCAUCACGCACAUCGACGAGCGCGCCUUCGUCAACACACCGGCGCUGCGCGUGCUG